CUUCAUAAACUGUCAGACCACACCAGUAACUCUGGUCACUCAAUUUGCGAAAGCUCCGUCUGAGAUAUUGACAAUAUGCCUCACAGCAAGCCUUGGGUUGUCAAAGUUCAAGCCCAUCCUGGGUCAACGGCUGAAGAGAUCCGGAACGAGCCGGAUUGGGUUUCCGGACACCAGCACCGUGUUGGCUUCAGAGACCGAAAUGACAGACUUCCUGGACUAACUCAUAAAGACGAUGAGUGGAGAGAGGAGGUGGCGCGAGAGAAGCAGAAGUAUCUUGCUUUUCAAAAGAGAGCCAAGAGUGGGGAGUUGAUCAACUUCAGAGACUUGAUUGAGAAUCAAAAGGACUUUCAUUUGCGACAUCCUGAGAAUCGCUCACUUGGAUGGAGAUAUGUUCUCAAUGCGACUGAAGAUUGGGUCAAGAAUAAAGAGCAGUGGCCCGCAAACCUGAAGAAGAAGGAGGAAGAGGAGAAGAAGAGAAAAGAGGAAGAAGCAAAGAGUGAUAAAAAGGAUGACACGCCUGAGCAAGAGCACGAGUGGAAACGCUCUUCAGACAAAGACAAACAUCACGAUGCAUACGCAAAGACCAAAGAAAACGAAGAAAAGAAACAGGAAAAGAGCUCGAAUGAGAAGCCGAAGCUUUUAGACAAGUAUACGCCAGCUGAGAUAGCCCUUCUCAGAGCUCUGGAGCACGAAAAGAGCUACAUACAAUAUCUCGAAGAAAACAACGGAAAGAAAAGGUCUCCUCAGCACAAGAAUCUCACGCAAAUCUCAAUCGAUGAACAGGAUCAGUUCAGCCCAGACAAUUGGCUUCCUCGCUCUCCGGAUCUCAUCCGUCUCACUGGAAAGCACCCUCUCAAUGCCGAGGCACCGUUGACGCGACUGUACGAGGCUGGCUUAAUCACGCCUAACGAGCUUCACUACGUGCGAAACCAUGGUCCUGUCCCGCGAAUUCUCUGGGAAUUUCACGAGUUGGAGAUCACCUACGACGGCAAAACCCAGAGACUUUCUAUGGAUGAUCUGAAAGAGUUUGAUACGAUCAACAUCGCUGUUGCGCUUGCUUGCGAUGGAAACAGGCGAAAGGAACUUAACAUGAUCAAAAAGAGUAAGGGAUUCAAUUGGGGCGCUGGAGGCGCGAGUUGCGCAUAUUGGAAAGGGCCUCUUCUUCGAGAUGUACUCCUUGCGAAUGGUGUUCCUGAGAAACCUCCCGGCCUAGGGGAGAAGCGAUAUUGGGUCAACUUUGAAGGCACUGACGAUUUGAGCGAGGGCAAGUACGCGACUUGCAUACCGUUCGAGCAUGCCAUGUCACCCAACAACGACGUUAUUCUAGCCUACGAGAUGAAUGACGUUCCGUUGCCGCCUGAUCAUGGAUACCCCGUUCGUGUUAUCAUUCCAGGCUAUGUCGGCGGGAGGAAUGUCAAGUGGCUGAAGAAGAUAUGGAUAAGCGAAAAGGAAAAUGAUUCUUAUUAUCAUAUCUGGGAUAAUCGAGUUCUCCCAUCCUUUGUCACCGAGAAAGAUGGCCCUUUCGCCGAAGCCCUCUUUCAUCAUCCCGAUACAGCCUGCAAUGAGCAGAACCUCAAUUCUGUCAUCGUCAAGCCUGCACAAGGCGAGAAGAUUCCUUUGGACAGAGCCAAUAAAGGAGAGAACUAUCGCAUUGAGGGAUAUGCGUAUGACGGUGGAGGUCAUGAAGUCCAGCGUGUCGAAGUCUCCCUCGACGAUGGGGCAACUUGGCUGUACUGCAUCCGCAAAUUCCCCGACUACCCAAUUCGCCACGGAAACAAGUUCUGGAGUUGGCUUCACUGGCAUUUAGACGUUGAGCUGGUGCAUCUUUUUCGUGCAAAGAGUAUCAUGGUGCGAUGCUUCAACGUGUUCAAAAACACGCAGCCGAGAGAGCCAAACUGGAAUGUCAUGGGUAUGAUGAACAACUGCUGGUAUACCGUACGUCCGGAGAUAACUGAGGACAAUGACUCAGAAACGCCCUCAAUUCUAUUCAGACACCCUGUUGAACCAGCUACAAAAGACGGUGGAUGGAUGAAGCCAAGCGUUGAGAACAAAAUUGCAGAGGCGAAGCAAGAGGCUGGCGCGCCUCAGAAGGAGUUUACCCGAGAAGAGAUUGAGAAGCAUAAUACUCAAAACGACUGCUGGCUUGUCGUCGACGGAAAGGUCUAUGAUGCAACUAGUGUACUUGAAUGGCAUCCUGGCGGUCCUGCAGCUAUUCUCGGCCAUGCUGGUAAAGUCCACCAGGAGACGAGUGAUGAAUUUUCCAGUAUCCAUGAUGAUUAUGCUCACAAGAAACUCAAAGAAUGUGCUCUUGGUGUUGUGACUGAGAAGGCAGCCAACUUCAUCAAACAAAAUGCAACAGCCGCUGCUAAAGACGCAUCCGAGUCGAGCAACAAGGACGAGCAUCUAGCGUUGGAAAAGCAUAGAUGGAUUCCAGUCAAACUCAUUGACCGCAAGAAUCUCUCCAAAGACACAAGAGCAUAUACUUUCCAACUGCCAGAGGGCAAGAACAUUCUCGGCCUUGGAACAUGCCAACAUGUUCAGAUUGGUUUCCAUAUGCUAGACAGGAUGCUAAUUCGCUCCUACACACCCACGAAGCCGCUUCUCCCAGCCCCAGAUGACAAGUUGGCCAACGGAAAUGCCAAAUCCCUUCGUGAUGGAGACGGCACUUUUGAGCUCACAGUCAAGACCUAUUUCCCCGAUGAGAACCAACCGGGCGGUGCUCUUUCCAACAUCUUGGACUGUAUUCCCAUCGGUGAAGAGGUUGAACUUCGCGGCCCAACUGGAGAAAUAGUCUACAAUGGCAACGGAAGCUUCGUCAUCGAGAGUAAAGAUCGUCACUUCGAUCGUGUAUCCCUCGUGCUUGGUGGCUCAGGCAUAACACCAGGCUACUCUCUCCUCGCGCGUAUUCUCCUCUCCAACAACGACAAGACGGAGAUUCGGGUCGUGGACGCUAAUAAAACAGAGGCUGAUAUCUUACUGAGAGAAGAGCUUGACGAGUUUGAGAAGAAGUCCAAUGGGCAGUUGAAAGUAACUCAUGUCUUGAGCCAUGCUGGUGAUAGCUGGAAGGGAAGGACGGGGCAUGUGAAUGGGGAUAUCAUCAAGGAAAGCUUGUUCGAGCCGUCUGAGAUGAGUGCUGUGUUCUUGUGCGGUCCGCCGGCGAUGAUUCAGAAGGCUGCUCUUCCUGCUCUCAAAGAUUGGGGUUACGUGGAGGAUGAGAAUAUGUUUGGAUUCUAGUGGGCCGAUCUUAUGGAACCCUUUUCUUUAUUCACUUGGCGAGAUAAAUAUGCACAAUUUCCUUAUUGUUUCGAUCUCAGUGCUUAUGCCAUGGCUUGGCACAAGAUGGAGGCUUAGGUUCAAGUGCACGAGAGAUUAAGGUCAACUCCAUCAAGAUAGUAACAUAGUUCUCCUGUUGCGCCUUGCUAAUGCUUCACAAGUUAUC